AUGCCCCUCACAAUUAAGAUAAAACUCCUCCGUGCUUUGUCUGUGAUCCAAUGCUGGUUAUCUUUGUGGCUGAUAGUGCUCGGAAUCGUGGAAAUUGUGCGAGUAAAAUGGAGAUUCAGUGGGCUUGGAAUGCCCAUUUGGACUGGAGUGUUGGUAUGCAAACAAAUUCGUUUUUUAUUGCCUGGCUCACGAUAUCUUGGCGAAUUGUCCUCAAAAGAAACGUUGUGAGGUUUUUCCUGUAAUCAAAUAUUUGAGUUUGUGUUUAUUUGAUUUCAUAUAGUAUGUUAUUGAAGCAUAAAUUAGAUUCCUUUUAUAUCUUCGAACCUUCCUGAAAGAAAGCGAGAUACGAUUGAUCGAUUAAAGAUAUUUUGACAGGACUACUUGGGGGUGUAUACAUAUGGGAGAUCGUGGAAGAAAUACAUUUAGAUGAACAGUAUGUAUCCUGGAUGAGAUUAUUAUAUUUAAACCCAAGUUUCUUUCAUAAGAGACCUUAACUUUGAUGACAGACGACACAUAGAUUUUAGAUAUGUUUCUGUGGGUAAUUUGGACUUCAUGGACGCCAAAAUUCACUGAAUAUGAUCAUAGUUUGUCCCUUAUUAGUGAACUGAGCUUUAAUCGCCCCCAUUGCCUCUCAGUGUAGUAUAAUCAGUGUAGUGUAUGGAUAAUACAUUGGGAUCAUAGAUUCAAUAACGCAACAUGGAUUUUGAAUGUACAUGUAUUUGUCACAUAACCAACCACCCCUGUGUGGGGUAAGUGGGGUAGCUAUGGUGGUGCUUUUAAAGGAUAAGGUAUCCAAGGUGAUUCCUCUGAAAAAAAAGUUUUUGACCAUUUUUUUUUUAACUUUCCUUACAUUUUCUGUUUUAAAAGAUUAAAUAAAAAAGAUAGGUCACUCACCUGCUUGUUUAACCCUGUAACUCCUAUGAUCUCAUUAUUAAUUCUCCUACUGUCUGCCAUACAGUUCUUGAUGUUCGUUUGGAGAAUUUGGUAUUGAAUCAGCUUUUAAUCCCCUAACUGAUAUUUUUCUUUAUUCUUGUCACUUGUGUGCUUGAUAUUGUAUUGAUAUUGUAAGGAGAAAUUCUGUCUUGGUCACUCAUAGGAGUUGAAGGAUUAAGAGACAAUAAUUAUGAUGCCGGCCUAACUUGUACUGCAUUAAUCCCAUGCAUCAUUUCAUUGAUUCAUAGUACAUUUUGCUGUAGCUAGAGGCUAGGGAUUUAAAAGUUACACUUAAGAAAAAAAAAAACUUGAUGGGUAGAAAGUCUUAAGUGUGCAAAACAAUGUCAAAUAUAAGUUUUGGAGAAAUCACGCAAUUUUAAAUGUUCAUUGACCUAAAACAUUCCUUAAAUUGUGGCUUUCAAGGUCAAAAUUUGCAUCCAUGAGUGACAAGCUUCAUGCAUGCUUUUAGCUUUAUCUUUUUUCCCUGUGAUUAAUGUUUAAAAAUUUCUUCAAUUUAAGGGUAUAAUAUUCCACCACAAUUCUACAUUAAAAAGUAUAGCUCACUGUGCUUGUUGAAGAGCUACAUGUGAAGACCAUUGGAUGUCUUUACCUGGUUUCACUCAUUGAAAACAGUACAGUGUUCUUGAAAUGCAUGGGUGCUAAUAUUCACCUGAUAACAUGAUUUUUAUGCACAGUACAAGAUGCACAGUGCAAUACUGAGGAAUCACCUCAAGAUUAAGUAGAAGUCAAUGUUUUAAUAUCGCCAGUGAGUAAACAAUGGUGUAAUUAACUCAGCUAGUGUUAACCCUCUGACCCCCAAGAGAGACUAGCAUCUAAUUUCUCCUUACAAUAUCACCCCUGAAUCACACAUUAAGGUUAUGAGAAUAAAGGAAAUGAUCACCAACUAAAGAAGUUCUUGAAUGCUAAGAAAGUUUUCCUUGUCAGCACCUUAGAGAACAGUUAAGAAAAAAUACAUACUGAUGUCAGGGUGUAAAGGAUUAAAAGUUGAAAAUAUUUUUGUUUCCUGCUGAUUUUCUGUUUUUGCACAGAAAAAAGCUGUUACAAUGUGAUAAUUUGUUCCUAACAGUUUAUUUCUAAUCAUCUGCCAUAAUUUUGAGCAGUUCAAUUUUACAGUUUUUGGACAAGAUUCAAAUUUCUGAAUUCUGCACCUCCUAUGUUUUCAUCUGCAGGUUGCUCUUACUGGUUCAUUUGGUGUUUUGAUAACUUUUAAAUUUCUGCAAAAGUCACAGGGAGUGGUAACUAUUCCUCAAUAUUUAGUAAGUUUAAACUUGAUUGUUCAUUUUAAACCUGAUUUAUGCUAUUUAAUGUGGUUUGACUAUACAUGUAAGUGUAGAAUUCUUCAAAAUCUAUUUAGACUGCAAACAAGUCUUAAACAUUCAAUUGGUAUUUCAUGUUUGCCAGGUACAGUGGUUACAGUUUUGUACCUUGACAUUCUUUUACUUUACGAUCAUUUUUUACUUGAUGUACAUGUAUUCAAUAUAUUGUGGUUGCCAAUGGACCUCCUAUACAUUUUAGUAGUACAUGUAAGGUUCAUUUUAUUCUUUGCCCAUGCCAUUUAUAAUGGUAAUAGGACUGAGUGGAGGCCAGUUCAGUCUGUAAUUAUACAAGUGAUUACAAAAUCGGAUUACUGCACAAUGGGAGUCCAAUUUGUUAGUCACAAGUAUGAUUACAGACAGAAGUGGGUGAAAGAAACUAUGGGCACUGGUUAAAGGUUUUCAUAAAAGAAAAAACAACUUACACUGAAAAAUCCAUGACAACAGCACCUGUAUGCACAUGACAUUUACUGCUCACUUACACAAGCAUGAUAUGUUAACUGUCAUAUUACACCAUCCAAUUACAAGCAUGAUACAUGCACCAUCCUGUUAGUGCUCAAAUUGCACUGGUAAUAACCAGUCAUGUUCAAUGAUUUUGUUAGAGUUUUGAUGAAACUGGUUACUUUAAGAUUUGUUAACUUUUAGUGAGUGAGAACUUGGUUUUUUAUAAUUGACCUGUUGUAUUCUUUCAAUGUGGUUACCAUGAUAGACUUCUUCAACACUUAGUAACUGUUAAUGCUAGUUUCAAAUGUUCAUUUUGUACUUUGUGCGUGCCAUCUAAAUGGUUACCCAGAGAUUCCUUAAACCUUUAACUCCCCAAGAUCUGAUUGUUAAUUCUCCCUUCUAACUGCAACACAUUUCCUUGUAAAUGAGUUACAAGAAUUUGGUGUUGGAUCAGGAUAACAAUUUGUACCUGAUAAGUUUGAAUAUUCUCAUUACCUGUUUGCUGGAUAAUUUUUAGAUAUUGCAGGGAGAGGUUACAUGUUAAUCACUUCUGGGAGUUAGAGGGUUAACAUCAAGUGUAAACUUAGUUGGUUAUUUUGUACUUUGAUCAGGGCUGGGUUGUUCAAAGCUUGGUCAAGAUACAUGUUACUAAAGGUUCUUGUGAAAUCUGAUUUCAGAUCUGAAAGCUUGAAAAGAAACUUUAGUAUAAUUGUUUUUGUCAAGAACUUGAUUAUUGGAUGCUCUUAAGAAAAAAGAGAAAAAAAAAACUAAAAAAAUGCUGCAAAGGAAUUUGGAAAAAAGAAACCCAGAUUAAAAGUUAACCUUGGGUUAGCAGUAAUGGGUCCUAAAAUGUUUGCUACUCUGUUGUGGUUGCCAUGGAAUUCCUAAAUAUUUAGAGAGUGUAAACACACAGUACUCAAGUUGUUAAACUUCUACAAACUCCAUUUUUAUAUUUUAAGGCAAUGACAUUGAUGGGUUUCUCCCUGGUGUGUGGUAUUCUCUCAAGCAUGAUCAUGUUUAAUUAUGGGCUGGAAUUGGCUGUGGCAGGCCAAAGGUCAUUUCUAUAUUAUACCUCUGGCAACCGUGAUUUUGAUGACAACUCUUUCACUGCUGCUAAAGCACCUCUUGCUGUUGAUGCUCGUUACAAUGAGGAGCAUGCCCUUGUGGGCUCCAUCUUUGCAUUCACUUUGCUGGAAAUGAUUGCAGCUUUAUGGUCUGCUGCCCUCUGCUUUGUCAAUGAUCAAAAGCCAAUGGACAAGAAUGAUGAUGUAAGUUUCACA